ACCAAACGCGUUUCAUUUUACUCGCCGUAGCUACGGAAAGUGAGAGGCACUUUUCACUGUUGAAAGCAAGAACGUUAAACUGCAGUUAAAACGAUCCUUCUGAACAUGGCAGCACAUCUGAAAAAGCGAGUUUAUGAGGAAUUUUCCAAAGUUGUACAGAUUCCCCAUGAAGAUGUUCCAGCCAAGAAGUUGCGUCUGUCCAAACCCAGUAAGUCUGCAGCUUUGCACAUAGACCUCUGCAAAGCCACCAACUCCACCGAUGCCCUGCAGUACUUGCUUCAGUUUUCACGCAAACCAGUGGAGGCGGAGAGCGUGGAGGGUGUGAUCAGGAUCCUUUUGGAGCACUACUACAAGGAAUCCGACAACUCUGUGAGACUCAAGAUUGCAUCUCUCCUGGGACUGCUGUCCAAGACGCAAGGUUUCAGUCCUGACUGCAUCAUAGAUGAGGCCAUUAAUACCCUCAACAAUGAGAAGUCACAUCAGGUUCUAGCUCAGCUGUUGGACACUUUGCUGAUCAUUGGUGCACAGCUACCAGAGAGUCCUACAGUCAGACAAAGGCUCAUAGAGGUGGCUUGCAAGCACCUGUCUGAUACGUAUUUCGGGGUAAGGAACAAGUGUCUGCAGCUCCUUGGCUGCCUCGGCAUGGUUGACACACCUAUGAAUAAAGACAGCAAUGUACUGGGUGGGGUGAGAGAUGUCCAGAGCAUCAUCAGUGACUACUUUGGAGAUCAGGAUCCCAGAGUCCGCACUGCAGCCCUUAAAGCCAUGCUGGAGUUGCAUGAGAGAGGAAUGAGGAUUCACCAGAUCAUUUAUGACCAGGCCUGCAGGUUAUUGUCAGAUGAUUAUGAGCAGGUCCGCUCUGCAGCAGUGCAGAUGGUUUGGGUGCUCAGCCAGCUGUACCCAGAAAGCAUUGUGCCCAUCCCAUCAUCCAAUGAGGAGAUUCGACUUGUAGAUGAUGCAUUUGGGAAGAUCAGUCAUAUGGUCAGCGACGGCUCCUGGAUGGUUCGGGUCCAAGCUGCCAAAACACUGGGUUCAAUGCUGCAGGUCAGUCCUCACUUCCUAGAGCAGACUUUGGAUAAGAAGCUAAUGUCAGACCUCAGGAGGAAGCGUACAGCCCAUGAACGGGCCAAGGAGCUCUUUGCUUCUGGAGAGUUCUCUUCAGGCAGGAAGUGGGCUGACGAUGCCCCCAAGGAGAAACUGGACACCAACACUGUGAACCUCAUCGCCUCAGGGGCCUGUGGUGCCUUCGUUCACGGUCUGGAGGACGAGAUGUUUGAGGUCCGUAUCGCGGCAGUGGAGGCGUUGUGUCAACUGGCUAGGUCGUCUUCCAGCUUUGCUGAAAAGUGCCUGGACUUCCUAGUCGACAUGUUCAACGACGAGAUCGAGGAAGUGAGGCUGCAGUCCAUCCACGUGCUCAGAGAAAUCUCUACGCAUAUAACGCUGAGAGAAGACCAGCUGGACACGGUGCUGGCUGUGCUGGAGGACUCGUCUCGUGACAUCAGAGAAGCUCUCCACGAGUUACUCUGCUACACUAACGUCUCCACUAAAGAGUGUAUCCAGCUGGCUCUGCUGGAGCUGUUGAAGAACCUCAACAAGUAUCCCACAGAUCGCAACUCUGUCUGGAAGUGUCUGAAGUUUCUAGGCUCACGCCAUCCAACACUGGUGUUGCCGCUAGUUCCUGAACUGCUGAGCACGCACCCUUACUUUGACACACCAGAGCCAGAUAUGGACGAUCCUGCCUACAUUGCGGUGCUGGUGUUGGUGUUUAACGCUGCCAAGUCGUGUCCCACGAUGCCAGCGUUGUUCUCUGAUCACACCUUCAGACACUACGCCUACCUGAGGGACAGUCUGUCGCACCUUGUCCCUCCACUAAGAUUGCCAGGCAGGAAGCAGUUGUAUGGUCUGGACUCUGUGGACUCAGGUUGUGGUUCUGGUUCUGUGGAAUCCGCUCAGCUCUUUCUUCAACAGAGUCUGAAUCGGGUCAGCACCAUCCAGAACCUGGAAGCACCUGGUGCUCAGGAAUUACUGGACUUCACCAUACGAGACCUACAGAGGCUGGGGCAGCUGCAGACGGAGCUCGCUGGAGCUGCUGACUUUUGUGCUACCUACCUGAACUGCCAGCUGCUGCUUAUGAAGGCUCUGCAGGAGAAGCUGUGGAACGUGGCUGUUCCCCUCUGCUUCAAACAAAAUGUCACGGCCACAGCAGCAGCUCAACAGAUCUUGGAGGAAACCUACAAGCUGGAGUUUCUGUACAGUGGCUUGGAAAGCAGGCAGGUGGCCACCAUACACCUGGUUCGCCUCCAGGCUAAAGCGCUGCAGCUCACACUCACUGCUCGCACCAGGCAAGGGCUGGAUACGCUCAUCAGCAGCUGUGAGCGUUUUUUGCAGGACAUUGAGUCUUUCCAGAGGCUGUUCCUGACUGAGCUUCCCCACCUCCACAACAGUUUUGUGGAGAAGCUUUUGGAGCUGAUUCCGCGGCUGUCGUCCUGUAAACCAGUGGAGAUGGUGAAGGUCCUCCAGACAACACUCAGACAGAGCGGCCUGCUCCAGCUCAGCCUGCCUGUACAAAUUCAUCGGGCCACAGCCACCAUCAUCGAGCCGACAGGGGAGUCAGACAAUCCGCUGAGGUUCACAUCCGGCCUAGUUGUGGCACUAGACGUCGAUGCUACACUGGAGCAUGUCCAGGACCCCCAGACCACUGUGAAAGUACAGGUUCUGUAUCCAGACGGUCAGAAGCAUGUGAUCCACCCCAAACCUGGGGACUUCAGAAGGCCUGGACCUGACAGACACAGGCUCAUCACACAGGUUUACCUCUCACACACAGCAUGGACAGAGCCGUCUCAGGUAGAGGUGUGUCUCCUGCUGGCCUACAGCGCCUCCACAGCCUCCCUCUCUCCCCCUCCAAGGCUGGGAUGGAGCGACAGCAUCGACAGUCUCCCUCCACCAGAGGCUUCUGUUGAGGGAACUAUUCCAUUUAGCAAGUCUGUUAAAGUCUACAUCAUGCCCAAACCGGCCAGACGCUAGCAGCUCAAAGCAGCUCGCUGUUAUUCUUUGAUCAGUAGUUUUAGAACAGGUGAGAGCAUUUUACUGUCACUCAAACACUCAUCUCCAUUAAAAGCUUUAUUCACAGAACAUGUAUUCCAUCAUUUCUUAGGUAUACAAACGUCACUUCAUGGAGCCAACAAACACUCAGGACCAUUCUUUUUUACUUGCCGUCGGUUUAAUUUAUUGUAUUUCAGAUUACACAGCAGUUGUAAAAAUAUGACCAAUAGGAUCACCCUGUGGAAAUACAUGCAGAGUCGAGUUCACAGAUCUGUUUCCUCUGGAGCCUCCGCUGAACCGGCUCAGGUCAACAUGAUGCUGAGGAAAGCGGAGCUCAGUCUGCAGCCAAGCAGAUGUUUGCAGCAUCAGCAGGUGGAGUGGAAGACUCCACCCACCUUGGCACCUUCACCAACCAGUUUGUUGUACUCAGCAACAGCUUUCUCAGUCUGCAAGACUCGGAUUUCCACACCCUUCUGCUUCACAUAGUCCACAGUGGUGGAGGGAACCUGGGCAAACACAUGACAGCACAAACUCACUAUCUCUACACAAAAGCAAUAAAGGGAUUCACUACACGAGAGCAGUUGUACGCCCCAGCUUCUAUACAGAACAAUGACGCACAACUGAGGCUGUGGUGUUGUACAAACCCACAAAGCACUGAGGCGUAGCUGUUGUUCCCCAUGGUACCGCAGUCCUGAAGCGUCCAACAGGUGGACGCACCUUGAAUAGCAUCAGUCUAAAUGCUAUGAAAAGGGAUGUUUCACCUGCAGAGCCUCACUCAUGCCUCUGCCAAUCACCAGCAGCUCCACCCCCUUCUUCAGCACCUCCUCCAGGUCGGCGGGUUGGACUCCUGGGUGAUGCUGAGUGAGAAAUGCAAAGUUCUGCCUAAGUACAGGCCUCACUGAAGCUCCUGGUGUUUAUGCAUAUUGUGAGUACAUCCACACACAUCAGUCCCAGUCUCUCUCCAGUCCCAGGCCCGACUGCCUCCAGGCCAAACCUUACAGUCCUUGUAGCUGGAGGAGCAUCCCUGGACCUUCAUGUGGCCCCAGGACAGGGAGGCGAUCUCAGGGGAGGACAUGGUGCGUCAGGCUGCUC